ACACCAAAGUGUGUUGGAUAUCUGUUUGGGUUAAUAAGAGAUACAAGUAGAGUGUAAAUCUGGUAAUCAGUUGUGACUGAGGUGAACUUAUUUUACAGCUCGUAAUCUUAUUUUGUAGAUGAUUAUAGUACAGUCCUGGAAGUUCAGAUUCGGACAAAGGUCAGUGAUGACCCUCAAGAGGCCAACUGAAUCUACUGCUUCUCUUUUGAGCACAAAAGCUCGUGCCUUCUCGGUCGAUGCCUUACUUGGUCCAUCACCGUCUAAAAAAGUCCAGCACAAUCAACUUGACGACAUAAAAUCGUCAUCUCCUAAUCUGUUGAUCUGCAUGCUCGACGACAAUGUGCCAGUAAGACACCAAGUAGCCACCGGAAACUCUUGUAAAACUACGAUUAUUGAAAAUCUGACGGCGGAUGAAGAUUGUCAUCGACCAUUUUCACCACAGGAAAAUAAUAUAUCAAUUUCACGAGGACACUCGCCGUGGUUGCUCGGUAGCAAUGAGACCCAACAAGCCAGCAGAAAUAAGCAAGGGGUGGAAACAGGCAUCCAAGUUCAGUUAUGUCAAAAAGAGUUAUGGAAUCAGUUUCACGGUCUUGGAAACGAAAUGAUUAUUACGAAAGCUGGAAGGAGGAUGUUUCCGGCCUUGAAAGUCAAUGUCACGGGUUUGGAUCCAGAUGGCUACUAUCUGAUUUGGGUAGAAAUCACUGCUGUGGAUAACAAUCGAUACAGAUACGUGUAUCCUAGCUCCCAGUGGAUGAUUGCAGGAGCUGGUGAUGUUCCUCUACCCACCAAUCGCUACUUACAUCCUGACAUUCCUGCUAAAGGCUAUCACUUAAUGGCGCGAAUUGUGAACUUCGAUAAGCUCAAGUUGACUAAUAGUAAACAGACAACUGAAAAAGGCCAAAUUGCUCUUCACUCAAUGCACAAGUACCAACCACUGAUCUACAUACAGAAAGUGGAGACUCCAUUUACUGUUCCAGAUCAAGCUGUUGAUACUAAAAUAGCAUUUCAGUUCUCCUUCCCAGAAACUGUGUUUAUUACAGUGACAGCCUACCAGAACCAGGAGAUUACCAAACUUAAGAUUGCGUCCAAUCCAUUUGCCAAAGGAUUUCGUGAUCCUGUGAAAAAUUCAGAAGGAUGCGAUGAAAUAGCACGUCGUCACCUGGCAAAUCUGACGUCUUUCGGUAAAAACGUUGUGACAGCAGAAUCAAACACAAUUAGGACGCCAUUUAUGGCAUCUUGUGCCUACUCUUCAGUGCUCUUUCCUUCAACCUAUCGUUAUCAUCAACCAGCCUUAAACCCUUUCUAUGUGCCUUUAAAUGUGUACCCAUUUGGAACAUCCAUCUCUUCACCCCUAUCCACGGUCACAUCAUUAGCUGAUGGGAAUUCCUAUGCUUUUUCGCCUUUCAAAAACGUAUCCUUUUCAUAUUCAUCAUAUCCUCAUGCAGCCACUGAAAAAAUCCCAAUAAUUACUACAAACUCAACAUCUCAAGAUGAAGUAAAAGACGAAACAAAGCCAACAGCAAGAGUUGCCCCAAGCUUUCUACAGUUUCCAAGUUUUACAUGCACUGAUUGAAAUACUCCCAAUUGUAAUUACAAACUCAGCAUCUCGAAAUGAAGUGAAAGACGAAACAAAGCCAACAGCCCCAAUAUUUCUAGACUUUCCAAGUUUUACAUGUACUGAUUGAAAGAAUCACAAUUGUAUCUAAAAACUUAGCAUCUACAGAUGAAGUGAAAGACGAAACAAAGCUUUUCAAAUUUUCCAAGUUUUACAUAGGAGAAACCUACAUUUCUUUACGGAAAUGACUUUAUCUCAACUCUUACUAAGUUUCCAUGAAUUAGCUCCUACACCUCUUCUUUAAGAUUUGUUUUCAGAUGUUCAAUGUUCUAGUUAAUGCGCUACAAAACAUUUGCUUGAAUCAACGUACUUUGUGUUCAUAUUCUUGUAUUUAGUUCGUAACUUAAGUAAAGAACUUCCUAGAACGUCCACUGU